UCUUGUCUUGUCUUCUUCGAAUAGCACCACCGAUCACCUCCGAAGUCUUCGAGAAUCUUAAUGCCUCGCCGACACUUAAUCGCCCAAACCCAUUGCAGUUAAAUUUCAUUGUGGGGGAUCCAACACCCACACUCACAUUUUGUGGAAAAUGUGUUUGGCUGGGAGCAAAAUUGGAUGAAGAGGAAGUUGCAGCGGAGAGCAUCGUGAGCAGAGCUUGCUUUGGUUGUUGUUGUUUCAAGCUUUGAAUGACUUUAGGGUUUCUGGUUGAAUUUGACACUGGAGGUGGAUCUGUGCCGAGGAGCACGAGGUGGUGUGUCGUGGUGAUGGAAUGUGAGGGACGAGAGUGUGAAUUUCAGGGCUUUCGUUUGAUGUGGAGCGAUCGGUGGUUGUUUGUGGCGGUGUUUCAGUUGUAUCGGAUUGUGAAGGCAGCAAGCAAUACUUGAGAAUAGGAUCAAUUAAAGGAAGGGGAGUUGCUGAUACACCGAAGCCUCUGGUUCCAUGCGAAGAGAAGGGCAGCGCAAUGGACGGCGUACGGUUUGGGCUGCAACAAGCAAGCUGGGAAAACAGCAGCGCAUUGGAGAGCUUUGAUCCAUAUCUCGGUCCUAAUCUCAGGUUUCUGAACAAUUGUAAUCUGUUUAAGAACGUGCUGAUAUGUGUGGGCGUUCACGGGGGCGGAGGAGCUUACAGAGAAAGAGGGUAUAUUGAGGAUUCCUUUCCACCUAGACAAGCAGGCUCUCCCUAUUCGCGAUGUGCUUAUCCAGGAGAGGCUGGAAUUGAUGCGGAUAGCUACCUUCGAAAUCAUUGGGUACCGAGCAGACGGCUGCCUCUUGAGGAAGAAAUAGCUCUACAUCGCGGUGCACUUAGACUUGAGAAAUAUAAUCAGGGGAGAGAUACUUAUCAAAGAUCGAGGCGGGGUUCCUCAUUGGAGCGGAAUGACCGGGAUGGAUCCUUGGAAAGGAAGGUUCCUCGGGACGUCAUAUUAGAAAGAAUCUCUUCUAGCACUGAAACCCGGGAUCUUGAUAAUGAGGAAAGCGUACUCAGUUGGGAGUACAGUCGCGAUCGAUCCUCACAUGAGGAUGGCAGAGUAGACAAUCGAGAUGUGGGUAUGGCUGAUAUACCCAGACCUCGGAGCGGCAUUCCUAGGCCUAGGAGAGAUGAAGCACCGGGCUUCAGGAGAGAGGAAAUAUCUCCGCGAGAAAGAUCUAGUCGACGAUCUCGAAGCGAUGAUGACGAUCACGAUCGCGAUCGGGGACAAGAAUGUUCACGACGACGUAGAGACCGCGACUUUGACCGCAGCAGGAGCCGCAGUCGCGAACUGGAACGCGAUCGUGGGAAAUGCAGUCCAGAUCGGAGCAGAUGCCAUGACAGGGUCCGCUCGUUUUAUGGUGAUGAUCGAAAUUUCUUUAGGUGCUCUUGUCGAUCUCCUCGGAGCAGAAGCACAGAGGCUGUUGGGGGUGAGUCUGGUUACGAUGAACUACGAAUCGACAGAAGACUGGAUAAAGAGAGUUCUCGUUAUCACGCUGCUUCUGCAACGCCUCCAUCGGCAACACUUGUGAUUAAGGGACUUUCUCAAAACAUAUGUGAGGAUGACCUAUCCCAGGCACUGGCGGAUUGGGGACCACUAAGACAUGUCCGUGUAAUCAAGGAACGGAGUACAGGAGUGUCACGGGGUUUCGCAUUCGUCGAUUUUCCAGAUGUGGAAGCGGCUCAAAAAAUGAUGGAUGGUGUUGGUUACGAAGGCAUUAUAAUCAAUGGUCUUCGCAUGUUUUUUGAGUACAGCAGCAAACCCACAGGUGGACCUGGGAUAUUGCCUGGCCCGGGUCGAGGUGCAUCAGUGAAACGUGGUCUUGCAGCAGCCGAUUGGAUAUGCACAGUUUGUGGGUGCAAUAAUUUUGCUCGAAGGGUCGUGUGCUUUCAGUGCAAUGAGGCACGCACAGAUGAAUCACCUGCUGUAGAUGUAACCGCUGCUUCAGGAGCAGGUGCUAGAAGGACUUCGGAAGCAGGGCCGACUCAUGUUCUUGUAGUCCGUGGGUUGGACGAAACUGUUGAUGAAGAAAGUCUGCAUUGCGAAUUCUCUAAAUACGCACCCAUCAAGGAUUUGCGACUUGUACGAGACAAGUUUACAAAUAUUUCAAGAGGAUUCGCCUUUAUAUAUUUCUAUUCGGUGGAAGAUGCUGCUAAAGCGCUUGAUUCAACAAAUGGUGUAGCAUUGAAUAAGAACGGGCAGGUUUUGCGAGUUGCUUUUGCUAGAAGUAUUGGUCCAGCUUCUGCUGUCUCUGCUCAAGGCAGUGCAGCUGCUGCUGCUGCGAUUGAAGCUGCAACUUUUGCUCAGCAGUAUGAUGUGAUGGGGUGGCCACCUAAAGAAUACAAACUCUGCGAGAGUAUGGACAUGAGAGUGCAGCAGGGAGCUGAUGCAGAGGGAGGUAGUGGUGGUGCUCCUCAGUCAAGUUUUGUUUGGGAUGAAGCCUCUGGAUACUAUUAUGAUGCUUCCUCGGGUUUUUACUAUGAUGGGAAUCGAGGGUUAUACUAUAACGGCAAUUCGGGAGUUUGGUAUACUUAUGAUAAAAAAUCUCAACAAUAUAAUACUUAUGUAUCACCAGAGAUUACAACGACUGCCGUAGAAACUAUGGAAACUCCAGUGUCCACCACUGCAGCUUCUACUGCCAAAGCUGCUGUUAUAUCAGCCCCUGCAAAUUCGGCACUUGAUUCUCAGUCUGAACCCAAAAAACCAACCCUGGCAGAAGCAGUUGCAGCUGCGGCUGAAGCUGCGAAGCUUACUGCUAAAAAUGAAAAAGAGAAAAUGAAAGAAAAAGAAAGAGAACUUCGAAAGAGUGUAUUGCUUGGAGGCGGAAAGAAGAAGCUGAACAAUGUGUUGUCUGUGUGGAAACAACGUCAGCAUGAGGAUUCGAUACCUGCAGCCCUUGCUGAAGAAACUUAUCCCUCAAGUUCAGAUGUAGUGAUGGAUGGGACUGUUAACAACUCAAUCGGCUGGGGAUCUUCACUACGAGUCUCAGCAAGGGUUUCUUUUGUUGCAUCUGCUGGUCGAGGAACGGCUACACUUGGCCGUGGAGAGGGAAAUCCUUUUAGUGGAAAUUAUCACCCAUUUGAAGGGACUGGGAGAGCCAGACCCGUCCCACAAACUUGUCGUAGAGGUGUUUCAGUAUCUGGCGUUUCAAGUUCCUUAGUUCUAAGUGAAGGUUCAGGGAGGGGAGCUGGGAGAGGGAAAGGAGCUGGGACAGGGUACCCAUCUAUUGGCAGUGGCUGUUCGGAGAGACAUGUUGGUGUCACUCCAUUCAAAACUGACGCAUCAGCAUUAGGGGCGUUUUCUAAUGUCACUACGGCUAUCUCAAAUAGAAGAAGAUUUACAGAAACUCCUCCUCCAAGUGGCUAUCGAGACAGAGCUGCAGAGCGUCGUAAUUUGUAUGCGUCCACAUCGUCUGGAGAUUUGUGUGAAGGCGAUGGGAAAGGGAAAGGGAAAGAAAUGCCCUUCCCUCCUGGCGUCGGAGCAAGAGGCGUAUGCCGAGUGUCUGACAUGCCUUUCCCUUCUGGAGUUGGAGGAGGAGGAGGAUCAAAACAUAGACUGGUCACCGAUCCUUCAUGUGCUGUUAUGGGUGGUGCGGAGAGUGGGUCUUUCGAAGUCAUCACAGCUGAGAGAGCCCUAGAUGCGAGCAAUGUGGGCAAUCGUAUGCUUCGAAACAUGGGGUGGCAAGAAGGUUCGUGUUUCCGAUGUGUAUUUCAGGGGCUUGGCAAGGAGAGAACCGGCAUCGUUGAACCAUUAUUAGCUAAAGGAGCUGGAGAGAGGGCUGGGCUUGGAAGUCACAAUCAACAGAAGAAUACUGAUUCGCGGUUUGAGACCCUUCCAGGUGACAGUUAUCGGGUUGUCAUCCAAAAGAAAGCACUGGCUCGGUUUCAUGAGAUGAUCUAAUCUUGCUGUAUAUUAGACUUUUGUUCAUUGCCAUGUCGCUUUAGAAACCAUUUCUACUGGAGAUCUAACUCUUGAGCUCUUGCAUGGUGUAAACUUUUCACGUCUACUAUAAUUUUGGUUUAUAAAAAUGACUUUUAGUCACCAUUAAUUAA